AUAAAUAGAGAAAGACUUGCUAGCAAAGGGUUCAGUAUCAAGUUCAGCUUCGCAUCUCCCUCAUCUAUUGCAUCUGCACUCGUCGAUUGAAGUUAAUUUCCAAACAACAUGAAAUUCCUGGUGAUCGUUUUCGUGGCCCUGCUUGCCGUCGCCUCCGCCUUGCCCCAAUUCGGAUUCGGCGGAUUUGGAGGAUUUGGCGGACAACAGCAGCAACAAGAAAGCUUUGGAGGUGGCUUCGGAGGAUUCGGAGGACAACAGCAGCAGCAGCAGGAAAGCUUUGGAGGUGGUUUUGGAGGAUUCGGAGGAUUCGAACAACAACAGCAGCAGCAAGGAGGAUUUUUCUAAGAACUUAAAGCUUAAUUAUGCAGUGUACAAAUCUAGAUAAUGCAAAUAGUAAAUUAAAUUAACAACUAAAAACAA